AUGAGGAGCGCGCACCCCCUGGUCCUCCUGUCGCUGGCGGCCCUUUGCGCGCGCGGGGACUGCCGCAUGGCCAAUGCCGAGGAGCGGCUCAUGGACGACCUCCUGAACAGGACCCACUACAACAACCUGAUCCGCCCGGCCACCAGCUCCUCCCAGCUCAUCUCCAUCCGGCUGCAGCUCUCGCUGGCCCAGCUCAUCAGCGUGAACGAGCGGGAGCAGAUCAUGACCACCAACGUCUGGCUGAAACAGGAGUGGACCGACUACCGCCUGGCCUGGAACAGCUCCCGCUACGAGGGCGUGAACAUCCUGCGGAUCCCCGCCAAGCGCCUCUGGCUGCCCGACAUUGUGCUCUACAACAACGCCGACGGGACCUACGAGGUGUCCCUCUACACCAACGCGGUGGUGUGGGCCAACGGCAGCAUCAUGUGGGUGCCGCCCGCCAUCUGCAAGAGCGCCUGCAAGAUCGAGGUGAAGCACUUCCCCUUCGACCAGCAGAACUGCAGCCUCAAGUUCCGCUCCUGGACCUACGACCACACGGAGAUCGACAUGGUGCUCAAGACGCCGUCGGCCAACAUGGACGACUUCACCCCCAGCGGCGAGUGGGACAUCCUGGCCCUGCCGGGGCGCCGGACGGUGAACCCGCGGGACCCCCGCUACGUGGACGUGACCUACGACUUCGUCAUCCGCCGCAAGCCGCUCUUCUACACCAUCAACAUCAUCGUCCCCUGCGUGCUCAUCACCUCGCUGGCCAUCCUGGUCUUCUACCUGCCGUCCGACUGCGGCGAGAAGAUGACGCUGUGCAUCUCCGUGCUGCUGGCGCUCACCGUCUUCCUGCUGCUCAUCUCCAAGAUCGUGCCGCCCACCUCGCUGGACGUGCCGCUCAUCGGCAAGUACCUCAUGUUCACCAUGGUGCUGGUCACCUUCUCCAUCGUCACCAGCGUGUGCGUGCUGAACGUGCACCACCGCUCGCCCAGCACCCACACCAUGGCGCCCUGGGUGCAGCGCUGCUUCCUGCACCAGCUGCCCGCCUUCCUCUUCAUGCAGCGCCCGGACGGCGGCCCCGCGAGCGCCUCCCGGCCCAGCGGGCCCCGCCCGGAGGGUCCCGCCGGCUCUCCCGCCGCCGUGUACGGGAGCUCCGCGUACUUCGUGAAUCCUGAAGCCGAGGCCCACAAGGCCCCCGCGGACCUGGGGGACUCCCGGCUGCCGGCCUCGGGCAGGUUCCGGCGGGACGUGCAGGAGGCGCUGGAGGGCGUCGGCUUCAUCGCCCGGCACAUGAGGAGCGACGACCGGGACCAGAGCGUGGUGGAGGACUGGAAGUACGUGGCCAUGGUGGUCGACCGGCUGUUCCUGUGGGUGUUUGUGGUCGUGUGCGUGCUGGGCACGGUGGGCCUCUUCCUGCCCCCCCUCUUCCAGAACCACACGCCCCCGGGGGGGCCCUAG